UUAGUCAGCAGUGGUUAGUCAAAGCCGAAGUCUGCGGCCAGUGUUGUUCAACUCACUACCUCCUGCGGAACUUCUUCUCUCGACGGGGUUGUCCGGCUACAACUAAGAUUUAGCUUCUUGGAGUUUAGAGGCAAUGGGGAACGAAAGCUCGAGGCAAAGGGGUCAACUGGAGGAGACGCCAUUGAAGCCGUCCCGCCUUUCCCGGUUUCGCCGGCGCUUUGGAUCUAAAGGCCACCGGUCGGUUUCCGACCCGAUUCUUUUAACGAACCUCGCACCAGAGGAUUUCGCUGGUGUCGCCCGCAUCGAAAUCAUUAGCGCGAAGAUGAAGUUUAAGGAUCGGUGGAUCGCUUGCUUGUCUAUUGGCGAACGGACGUACCGGACGGACAUUUCAGAUCAAACAGAUGAACCUGUGUGGAAAUCAGAAAAGAAAGUUAUUUUGGAGAGGGAUGGACCCCAUAUUGCACGCAUAUCUGUGUUUGAGACAAAUAAAUUGUCGAGAAACACUCUGGUCGGCUAUUGUGAAAUUAAUCUCUUGGAAGCUCUCCGCUUGGGAACUGAGAAAAACGUUACAUUAUUUGACUUGUUUGAUCCAUCAUCACCCAGUACUGUAGUUGGCAAGUUGUCUAUUUCGUGUAAUAUGGAGGAUCCAAUUGAAAUUGAGAAAAGCUUUGCACGUCGUGUUCUAGCUUUGGUGGACUACAAUGAAGAUGGAAAGCUUACCUAUGAUGAGUUUAGCACCUUAAUCAAAGUAUUCGGUAAUCAAGUAGCGGCAUCCAAGAAAGAAGAGCUAUUCAAGUUGGCAGACAGUAAUGGAGAUGGUGUUGUGGAUAUGGAUGAAUUGGCAACUCUUCUGGCUGUUGAGCAAGAAGAAGAAUCACUCAUCAGCAAUUGCCCUGUAUGCGGCGAGGCUCUUGGAAAAUUUGAUAGGAUGAAUGAUAUAAUUCACUUGACUUUAUGCUUUGAUGAGGGAACUGGAAAUCAGGUCAUGACAGGGGGGUUCCUAACAGAUAUGCAGGCUUCUUAUGGGUGGAUGUUUAAACUUAGCGAAUGGGCUCAUUACUCAUCUUAUGGCAUUGGCCUCAAGUCUGGAUCAAGUGCCUCACAUAUAUUGGUGUUUGAUCGAAGAACAAGAAGGCUAGUGGAAGAAAUAAUAGAUGAAAAGAUUGUUUUAUCAAUGAGAGCUAUUUAUCAAUCAAAAGUAGGACUCAAACUCAUCGACAAAGGGGCCAAAGAUCUCUUGCAGAGUAUAUCUGAGAAGCAAGGAAGACGGAUGAAUUCAGCUGAAUCUGCUAAGGAAAUACCCAAGUUCAUUGAGUUUUUCAAGGAUCAAAUUAAUAUUGACGAGAUCAAGCAUCCCAUUGACUCUUUCAAGACAUUUAAUGAAUUCUUCAUAAGAGAGCUAAAGCCUGGAGCAAGACCGAUUGCCUAUGAAGAUCAUGAUGACAUUGCUAUUUGUGCAGCUGACUGCCGUCUUAUGGCAUUUGAAUCAGUUGAUGACAGCUUAAGACUCUGGAUUAAGGGUCGCAAAUUUUCAGUUCAAGGACUCUUAGGCGCUGAAUUAUCCUCCAAUAACUUUAUUCAAGGAUCUUUAGUGAUAUUUAGACUAGCACCCCAGGAUUACCAUCGUUUCCAUGUUCCAGUUUCUGGAGUUAUUGAGGCUUUUGUGGAUAUUCCGGGAUCUUUGUAUACGGUGAAUCCCAUCGCAGUGAACAGUAAGUACUGCAAUGUCUUCACUGAAAACAAGCGAGUUGUAUCAAUUAUUUCAACAUCCAAAUUUGGGAAGGUAGCAUUUAUUGCAAUUGGGGCUACAAUGGUCGGAAGUAUCACUUUCAUAAAGAAAAAGGGUGAUUACGUUCACAAAGGUGAUGAGUUUGGAUAUUUCUCAUUUGGAGGAAGCACUGUAAUAUGCAUGUUUGAAAAGGAUUCCAUAGACUUAGAUGAGGAUCUUAUUGGAAAUAGUGAAAGAUCUCUGGAGACUUUAGUCUCUGUUGGCAUGAAACUGGGAGUAGCCAAAGGCAAACGAUCUUCAGAAGAAUUUUCAAAUUUGCACGGUAUUUAGCCUGAAGCGUGCUUCCUAGAGUUUUGUAUAUUGUAUAAAUAGACUAUCUUUUUACCCUGCUUUUUCUCUAUUUAUUUUCAUGAAAACUCGUUACAUGAACUAAAGCAACUAUGUUGUAACAAAUCAGUUCCAUAUACACGCCCCCAUAGUUCAUCAUGCAACAACACUUCUAUUAAGUUAAUGAGUUCCAUAUGGCCAAUGUUAAGCUGAAAGUCUGCAAAAAUGUAACUUCAAAUCUUCAUUCUUUGAGUGGAGAACAUAAAAUGUCUAUUUUGCUGCAGUUUUCUGCGAGUAAAUUAGAGACUCAGUUUAUUAACAUGAGCACACGUGCUUUUGUAAUGAAAUUAACAUCUGUAGAAUUUGCUAUUUAUAGCUUUGAGAAACUUUUAUUUUCAUUGAUCAA